UGCAAUCAUCCCGUAAAUAACAAUGUAUAAUACGAUGGUAGAAUAAUAGUCUGACCAAUGCAUUCCUGAACAGGAAUUGUUUUUCUUUAACUGGAUCUUCAGAUGGAGUUUGCAAUCAGGGGAGGGAAAAAUUACAUGAUGUUUCAAGCUUCAGACUUGUACACUUCCUGGUGGCUGGUUUCUGAGUGACGGGGUACAAGGUAGAUGUGCGAUGGAGGCAUGCAAACGCUCUCCGUAGUGAAGCCAUACAAUGUCCCUGAAACCACGAGUGGUGGAUUUUGAUGAGACAUGGAACAAGCUCCUGACGACAAUCAGAGCAGUUGUCAUGCUGGAUUACGUUGAGAGAUCGACGUGGAAUGACCGCUUCUCAGACAUUUAUGCUUUGUGCGUAGCCUACCCAGAACCUCUGGGAGAACGACUCUACACAGAAACAAAAAUCUUUCUGGAAAAUCACGUCCAACAUUUGUACAAGAAAGUUCUGGAUUCUGAAGAAAAGAUUUUGACGAUGUACCACAAAUAUUGGGAAGAGUACAGUAAGGGCGCAGACUACAUGGACUGCUUGUACAGAUAUCUCAACACACAGUUCAUCAAGAAGAACAAACUGACAGAAGCUGACCUUCAGUAUGGGUAUGGAGGAGUAGAUAUUAUUGAGCCUUUGAUGGAGAUUGGAGAGCUAGCUCUUGACAUGUGGAAGAAACUGAUGAUUGAACCAUUACAGACCAUCCUCAUCCGAAUGCUUCUCCGUGAAAUAAAAAAUGAUCGCUGUGGAGAGAACCCAAAUCAAAAAGUAAUCCACGGGGUUAUCAACUCCUUUGUUCAUGUUGAACAGUACAAGAAAAAAUUUCCUCUUAAGUUUUAUCAGGAUCUUUUUGAAGGUCCAUUUCUAACAGAAACAGGAGAGUAUUACAAACAGGAAGCUUCAAAUUUGCUACAAGAGUCAAAUUGCUCACAAUAUAUGGAAAAGGUUUUAGCAAGAUUAAAAGAUGAAGAGGUUCGAUGUCGCAAAUACUUACAUCCAAGCUCGUAUGCCAAAGUGAUUCAUGAAUGCCAGCAACGAAUGGUGGCAGACCACCUGCAUUUUCUACAUGGGGAAUGUCAGAAUAUCAUUAAGCAAGAAAGGAGAGAAGUAGACAUGGCAAAUAUAUAUACUCUACUUCGGGCUGUCUCAAAUGGUUUACCUCACAUGAUUCAGGAGCUUCAGAAUCAUAUACAUGAUGAGGGCCUUAGGUCAAUCAGUAACCUCUCUCAGGAAAACAUGCCUACACAGUUUGUGGAAUCUGUUCUGGAAGUUCACAGUAAAUUUCUUCAGCUCAUCAGUACAGUCCUGAAUGGUGAUCAGCAUUUCAUGAGUGCUCUUGAUAAGGCCCUGACGUCAGCAGUAAACUAUAGAGAACCCAAAUCUGCCUGCAAGGCUCCAGAAUUGCUGGCAAAAUACUGUGACAAUCUCUUAAAGAAGUCAGCAAAAGGAAUGACUGAAAAUGAAGUUGAGGACAAGCUCACCAGCUUCAUCACUGUCUUUAAGUACAUUGACGAUAAGGAUGUCUUUCAGAAGUUCUAUGCCAGAAUGCUGGCGAAGCGAUUGAUACAUGGUCUUUCAAUGUCUAUGGAUUCUGAGGAGGCUAUGAUUAACAAAUUGAAGCAAGCCUGUGGAUACGAGUUUACCAGCAAGCUUCAUAGGAUGUACACCGAUAUGAAUGUCAGUGCCGAUCUAAACAACAAAUUUUCAUCCACUUUUUUAAGACAACAGGACACUGUAAUAGACCUUGGAAUCAGCUUUCAGAUCUAUGUCCUUCAGGCUGGUGCGUGGCCCUUGACACAAGCGCCUUCAUCUACAUUUGCCAUCCCACAAGAACUGGAAAAGAGUGUACAGAUGUUUGAGUUAUUUUACAACCAGCACUUCAGUGGGAGAAAGCUAACCUGGCUGCACUAUCUGUGUACAGGUGAAGUAAAAAUGAACUAUUUAUCCAAGCCUUACGUGGCUAUGGUUACCACGUACCAAAUGGCUGUGCUGCUAGCAUUUAACAACAGUGAAACAGUCAGUUACAAGGAGCUCCAGGAUAGCACACAGAUGAAUGAAAAAGAACUUACCAAAACCAUCAAAUCUUUGCUUGAUGUAAAAAUGAUCAACCACAACUCAAACAAGGAGGAUGUUGAUGUGGAUUCAGUUUUCUCUUUAAAUAUGAAUUUCAGCAGUAAAAGAACAAAAUUUAAAAUUACCACCUCCAUGCAGAAAGAUACUCCACAGGAGAUGGAACAAACCAGAAGUGCAGUGGAUGAAGACAGAAAAAUGUAUCUGCAGGCUGCUAUAGUCCGCAUCAUGAAAGCACGUAAAGUGCUCCGACACAAUGCACUUAUUCAAGAGGUAAUUAGCCAAUCAAGGGCCAGAUUCAACCCAAGUAUCAGCAUGAUCAAGAAGUGCAUUGAAGUCCUCAUUGACAAACAGUAUAUUGAGCGUAGCCAGACCUCAGCAGACGAGUACAAUUAUGUAGCAUGAUGCAAGCUGCUGCUGUGCUUGGCUUUGUCCGGGUAUGGGUGCAAAGACCUGCUGUGUCACUGUUUGAUGUGUUCCUGUGAGAUGAAGCAGAGCUGUGCCUCCACCAGGUUCUUCAGGCAGUCACCUGGUAGCCCUUUUUCUACUGUUUACAGUCUAACCGGUGCCACAUUGCAAGUGUCGAUGCCUAUAGAUAUCCCAACUCAUGUCAUCACAACAUUACCUGUAAUGGGGGAGUGUUUGGGUGGCACGUUUUUCUCAUGUGCAGUUGAUAUAUUUUAAAUGUAAUUUAAAAUACAAAAAAAUUAAACGCUGUUAUAAGACAGAUCAAAUGUGUUUACACUGUACAUUUUGCAUCUAACAGGUAAACAUGGCACUGCUUGAUAAAAUAAAGCCUACAUGCUACCUGAGGUACCUGUAGGUUUCAGUGAAGUAGACCAUUAUAUCAGCAUCCUUUAUAGACCAUCAAAUGAAUGGAUCUGUACACCUCAUACAUGGAGGUUAUCCUGAUCUGUCACAUGAACAGUUCUUCACCAGGAACGUCAGGAAUGUCUACCAGUUUGCACUUCCAUUAAAGGGAAUUUCGUCAGAUUGAGUUCCUUCAGUGUUUCACAUGUGCAUUGAUGAUAUAGCAUCGGUCCCCCUAAAGCCUUAAUUGUUCCGUCUGAAUGCUGCAGUUUUAUUUUGGGAUUUGUUUUUCAGACUUGUCAAGAUGGACAGCUUUUGUUUUCGGCAAUGCUCAUUGUUUUUUGCCAAAUAUAUACCCUAAAUAUUAACACAGAAGCUGUAAUACAUUCUUUUCCUGCCUCCCUGCCACCCCCUCACCCCCCCAAUGAAAUUUUGAUUUAAAUAGUGCAGGGGGUUUUGAAUAAACGUUUGCCCCUACAAUGGACUAACUGUCAUGGGUUUCCAGGCCUCUGCCCUUAUGAUCUUAGCCAGCAGUAAUGAGUUGCGCAGAAGAUUAGUCUUGCAGUGACACUCCUGUUAAUUUUCCCUGCUCCCAUUUCUUUUGGGAAGGGCUUUUUCCACUUUGAUGCAGCUUGGGAACUGACUGAUGUGGGAGCCCUCCACUGCACAUUAGUCUUCCAAUGUAUUUCACUGCCACAGUAAUCAAUCAUUUUAGAAACUAUGACAUACACUGGUCCACAAGAACGAUUGUCACAUGAAAAUCUGGUCUGACUUCUGUUUAGCAACAUUCAAACACCAAACUUAAAAUAUAUAUAUAUAUAUAUAGUGUGGUUAAAUAUUUAAACAAAUUAGAUGUCCAUCAUUAACAUCUAGUAAAAAAUGACUCUGCUACUAAAGAGAGCUGACUUUUUUUUAAAUCAGGAAGUUUGCAUGCAACGAUUUUUAACUUGUUAACUUAUUUGAUGUAAGUCUACCAGACUUCAUCCCUGCAUCAUGUUGACAGUCACAGGUGUUUGACCAGGUUGGCUAUCCCAACAAAGUAUUUACCAUUAUUUCCAACCGUGUUUGAAACUUCUUAAAAAAAAAACUUAUUUUCCUUUUUAACUGUUUGGUGUGACACAUGUAUUACCAGUAGCCAAAUGCAGCUGAAAUAGUGGAGAAUAAAACUGUUUUAUGUUUGGCUAUUCUUG